AUGGCUCCCAGCAAACAACAAAAGGUAGUGGAAAUGGGGGAUAUGACAGAAGAAAAUGGUCGUGAUGAACCGAACAAGAACGUUGUCAGAGCAUUGCCAUUCUUCAAACUCUUGAGCUAUGCUGACUUAGUAGACUGGAUUCUUAUGGGUUUGGGAACUAUAGGUUCGAUUGUGCAUGGCAUGGCCCUUCCUGUUGGCUAUCUUUUGUUGGGAAAAGCUCUUAAUGCUUUUGGGAACAAUAUUACAGACCCAGAUGCCAUGGUUCGUGCUCUUAAAAAGGUUGUUCCAUAUGUGUGGUACAUGGCCAUCGCCACAUUUCCUGCUGGGAUACUUGAGAUUGGUUGUUGGAUGUAUGCAAGUGAAAGACAGUUAUUACGCCUAAGAUUAGCUUAUCUAAAAGCAGUCCUCAGCCAAGAGGUAGGGGCUUUUGAUACAGAGUUAACAAGUGGAAAAGUCAUCAGUGGAAUAAGCAAGCACAUGAGUGUCAUUCAAGAUGCCAUUGGUGAGAAGUUGGGUCACUUCACCUCAAGCUGUGCUACUUUCUUUGCUGGAAUUGUGAUUGCUACCAUAAGCUGUUGGGAAGUGGCGCUUCUGUGUUUAGUGGUUGUCCCGCUUAUUCUUCUAAUUGGGGCAACUUACUCCAAGAAAAUGAACACCAUAUCAACCACCAAAAUGCUUUACCAUUCAGAAGCUACAUCUAUGAUAGAGCAGACAAUAUCACAUAUAAAAACAGUAUAUGCUUUUGUUGGAGAGAGCUCUGCAAUCAAAUCCUUCACAGAGAACAUGGCCGAACAGUACGUUAUAAGCAAAGGGGAGGCACUUGUGAAGGGAGUUGGAACAGGGAUGUUUCAAACUGUGAGUUUCUGUUCUUGGGCUGUCAUUGUAUGGGUUGGAGCUGUUGUGGUCGUAGCCGGAAGAGCAAAGGGGGGAGACAUAAUAGCUGCAGUGUUGAGCAUUCUCUUUGGUGCCAUAUCUAUCACUUAUGCAGCACCAGACAUGCAAAUAUUCAAUCAGGCAAAAGCUGCAGGAUAUGAGGUUUUCCAAGUGAUCCAAAGAAAGCCACUAAUAAAUAAUGAAUCAAAAGGGGAUAUGCCUGGGGAGAUUAAAGGUUACAUUGACCUAAGAGAUGUUCACUUUUCCUACCCAUCAAGGCCAGAGAAACCUAUCCUUCAAGGACUGUCCUUGUCAAUUCCAGCAGGAAAGACAGUAGCACUAGUUGGUAGCAGCGGGUGUGGAAAGAGCACUGUCAUUUCCCUCGUUACCAGAUUUUAUGACCCUUCCAGAGGAGAAAUCUUUAUUGAUAAUCACAAUAUCAAGGAUCUUGAUCUGAAGUUCCUUCGAAGCAAUAUAGGGACAGUUUCCCAAGAACCAUCUCUCUUUGCAGGCACCAUCAAGGAUAACUUGAAAGUGGGGAAAAUGGAAGCAGAUGAUCAAGAGAUACAAAAGGCAGCGGUAAUGUCAAAUGCACACUCUUUCGUAUCACAGCUGCCUAAUCAGUACCUAACAGAGGUAGGACAAAGGGGUGUCCAAUUAUCAGGAGGUCAAAAACAGAGAAUUGCAAUAGCAAGAGCCAUUCUGAAAAAUCCUCCCAUCCUCUUGCUUGAUGAGGCCACUAGUGCCCUUGAUUCAGAGUCCGAAAAGCUGGUUCAAGAAGCACUUGAGACAGCCAUGCAGGGAAGGACUGUCAUCUUGAUAGCACACAGGCUCUCAACAGUUGUAAAUGCAGAUAUUAUUGCUGUAGUAGAGAAUGGACAAGUUGUAGAGACAGGAACACACCAGAGUUUGCUAGACACUAGCGCAUUCUAUAGUGCAUUAUUCAGCAUGCAAAACCUUGAACCAGUUCCUGAAUCCAGAACUACAAUUUCCAAAAAUAAAAGUGCCCGCCAACAAGAUUUUCCUGAUGAAACUAGACCACUACCAGAGAAUCAGAGAGAGGUCCAAAGAAAUCUCAAUGAGCAUUCUGUGCAAAAGGAACAGAACAAGAAAAGCACAACAAAAAGAAAUACAUUUUUCAGAAUUUGGUUUGAUUUAAAAAAGAGGGAGCUGGUGAAGAUUGCUAUUGGUUCUUUUGCAGCAGCUUUCUCUGGCAUCUCAAAACCAGUUUUUGGAUUCUACAUCAUCACCAUUGGAGUAGCAUACUUUGAAGAAGAUGCAAAAAGGAAAGUUGGGUUUUAUUCAGCCAUCUUCUCAGCAAUAGGGUUGCUUUCAUUAUUCAGUCAUACCGUCCAGCAUUACUUCUUUGGAGUGGUUGGAGAAAAGGCCAUGUCAAAUCUCAAACGAGCUCUGUAUUCAGGAGUGCUUCGUAACGAAGUAGGCUGGUUUGACGAAUCUGAGAACACUGUUGGUUCAUUAACUUCACGCAUUAUCAGUGACACUGCCAUGGUCAAAAUCAUUAUUGCUGAUCGAAUGUCCAUGAUUGUGCAAUGUGUUUCCUCCAUACUGAUAGCAACAGUAGUCAGUCUGAUUGUCAACUGGAGAAUGGCUUUGGUAGCUUGGGCUGUGAUGCCCUGCCACUUCAUAGGUGGUCUCAUUCAAGCCAAGUCUGCCAAAGGAUUUUCAGGUGACUACUCUGCUGCACAUUCUGAGCUUGUUGCUCUUGCAUCUGAGUCCGCUACCAACAUAAGGACUAUUGCAUCAUUUUGUCAUGAAGAAGAAGUACUGAAGAAAGCCAAAACAUCUCUGGAAAUUCCGAAGAAAAUGUACAGGAAAGAAAGUAUCAAAUAUGGGAUCAUUCAAGGCUUCUCCCUUUGCUUGUGGAAUAUUGCACACGCCGUUGCUUUGUGGUACACAACAAUUCUGGUUGAAAGACGUCAAGCCUCCUUUAAAAAUGGAAUAAGAUCAUACCAAAUUUUCUCUCUCACAAUUCCUUCUAUCACAGAAUUAUACACACUGAUCCCAACUGUCAUCUCAGCUAUCAAUAUACUAACCCCGGCAUUCAAAACCCUUGACCGUAAAACUGAAAUUGAACCGGAUAUACCGGAUGAUUCCCAACCUGAGAGGAUCCAAGGAAAUAUUGAGUUUCAAAAUGUAAAAUUCAACUACCCUUCAAGACCGGAGGUCACUGUUCUUGACAAUUUCAGUUUACAAAUUGAAGCUGGAUUAAAGGUGGCUUUUGUAGGACCAAGUGGUGCUGGAAAAUCCUCUGUUUUGGCUCUUUUACUAAGAUUUUACGAUCCAGGUAUGGGAAAGGUGUUAAUUGAUGGGAAAGACAUACGGAGAUAUAAUCUAAGAUGGUUGAGGGCACAAAUAGGGCUGGUACAGCAAGAGCCACUGCUAUUUAAUUUCUCAAUUAGAGACAACAUUUGCUAUGGCAAUAAUGGGGCUUCUGAAAGUGAAAUAGUGGAGGUUGCCAGAGAAGCAAACAUACAUGAAUUUGUAAGUAACCUACCAGACGGAUAUAACACUGUUGUUGGAGAGAAAGGCUGCCAGCUUUCAGGAGGACAAAAGCAGAGAAUAGCCAUUGCCAGAACCUUACUAAAGAAGCCCGCAAUAUUACUCCUCGAUGAAGCAACAAGUGCUCUUGAUGCUGAGUCUGAAAGAGUUAUUGUAAAUGCUUUAAAAGCAAUCAGUGCCUUGUGUUCAAGAACCACCCAGAUUACAGUAGCUCAUAGGCUUUCCACCGUAAUAAACUCAGAUACCAUAAUCGUCAUGGAUAAAGGUAAAAUUGUAGAGAUGGGCUCCCACUCAACCCUAAUAACUGCAGAGGUAGGACUUUAUUCAAGGUUAUUCAGGUUACAGAGCUUUGAAGAGACCUCAUAGGUUGACAUUUGUUAGAUAUAAUAUAAAUAUGUUAGAAAUACAAUAAAACCAUUCACAUGCCUUCACCCAACAGCUUAAACCUUUGAGAGAGUUGGUUUGUUAUAUGGUAUCAGAGCCCCUAUAACCAAGGGGUCUAGAAUUCAAUCUCUGCCACCCCUAUUAUUCUAAUAAAAGGUUGAAUUUCAGCACAAGGUAGGUGGGUCUGUGCAUUGUCCACAUAUCACGCCCAAAGGGCUCUUGUGUGAAGGGUUGCAUUGAAUAUGAUAUCAAUAUGUUAGAGAUGUAAUAAGAUCAUUUAUGUGUCUUCACCCAAUAACUUAAACUUUUGGGGAGUUGGUUCGUGACAAUAAUUUUAUACAGAUCUGGUAUUUGUAACUAUGAGAAGUAUCAAUAUCAAUUUAUACUUUAUAGAACUAGGUUUUUUCUUAAAUUUCUUCUCUCAUGUUAUGAAAUUACAGUCCGAAUAAAAGCCAUGAAAAAUAAUUCAAUGACAUGAAAUAGAAUAGAAGAUAGUACCUGGGCGUAGCAAAGCAC